AUGAUUAAACUUAAUAUUCAUUUGAAGAUCACGGAUUAUUUGUUUGUAUUAUUUAUGACUCUGGAAUUACUGGUGAAAAUUCUAGCGAAUGGACUUUUUUUUACUCCAAAAGCAGCGGUUCGAGAUUUUGGAGGACUUAUGACCAUUUUCAUAUAUGUUACCUCACUGGCAUUCUUGACUUGCAUGCCAAGGCAUGUUGAAAUCAAUUCGUUCAAUCAGCUACUGCUUAUCUUUCGAGCUAUGCGACCGCUGCGCAUUUACACAUUGGUCCCACAUAUUCGAAGAGUUGUGGUUGAACUUUUUCGUGGAUUCCGGGAAAUCUUACUGGUUACAAUAUUGCUGGUGGUGAUUAUGUUCAUAUUUGCAAGCGUGGGCGUGCAGAUUGUUGGCGGAAAAUUGGCCGCAUGUAACGAUCCAGAUGUGGGCGCUCGUGUAUGUCUUUUUUCCAGUAUUUGUCUGUUUCAUAAACGAAAAACAUACGGCAAGUUCGCGUGUGCAUCUUAUUUGUCCGAAUAG